UUGUUCCAAACCCUUUUUAUAGCCGAGAAAUUGCACCUGUUGAAGAAGACUACGCAUUCUUCUCUCACACAUAAGACCUCUCUCUCUCUUCAACUCUUUACUGCAUCUGUCUAUCCAUAUAUCUUCUCCUCUUCACGUAUUUACACAGUCUUGAUUAUUGGUUAGAUUUAUAUGGACAAUGGAUGGGGUCUAACCCUUGAUUCUGAACCCUUCUAUUUCUUUUCUGCAAAUCAGAAUUCCGGUAGUAGUUCGUUUCAUAACAAGCUCGGGAUGUCUCAGUUUCCGGUCAGUCUUGGCGCUCCGGCCGAUGAGAAUCGGAUGGUGGUCGGAGAGGUUGACUUUUUUGAUAGAAAGAACAUGAUUGUUGAUCAUGAACAUGAAGAUCGAGAUGAUGAUGGUGAUGAUGCAAGAACAGUUGGUUUUAACGUCAAGAAGGAUAAUUCUCAAUCCAAUUUGGAUGUAAAUACUGGGUUGCAUCUUCUGACUGCUAAUACUGGAAGUGAUCAAUCAACGGUGGAUGAUGGAGUAUCAUCAGAUGUCGAUGAUAAGAGAGCCAAGAAUGAAUUGGCACAGUUGCAAACAAACCUUCAUAGGAUGAAUUUAGAGAAUCAAAGGUUGAGAGAUAUGCUUGGUCAAGUGAGUACCAAUUACCAUGCUUUAGAGAUGCACCUUGCAGCACUUAUGCAACAACGACAACAUGAAUCCACACAAGAUCACCCGGUUGUUGAAGGAAAAUCUGGGGAUAAGAAGGUUGAAAUGAUGGUUCCAAGGCAGUUCAUGGAUCUAAGACCUUCACCAGCAGCUGAGACUGAUGAGAACGUAUCUAAUUCAUCGUCUGAUGAGAGAACUCGUUCUGGCUCUCCUCGAAAUAACAUUGAAGUUGCAUCUAAAACUAGUGUUCAAGAUAAUGGCAAGAGAGUUGGCAGGGAAGACAGCCCCGAAUCGGAGUGGAAUACUGCUAACAAGGCUCAGAAAUUGAACAAUUCUGCUAAGAGUUCUGGUAGUGUUGAUCAGUACACUUCUGAUGCCACGAUGAGGAAAGCUCGUGUCUCAGUUCGUGCUCGAUCAGAAGCUCCCAUGAUCUCUGAUGGAUGUCAAUGGAGAAAAUAUGGACAAAAGAUGGCAAAGGGAAACCCAUGUCCACGAGCUUAUUAUCGUUGCACCAUGUCAGUUGGUUGCCCGGUUCGCAAACAAGUUCAAAGAUGUGCGGAGGACAGAACAAUUUUGAUAACAACUUAUGAAGGCAACCAUAACCAUCCGCUUCCCCCCGCGGCAAUGACAAUGGCAUCAACCACAACAGCAGCAGCUACAAUGUUACUAUCAGGCUCAAUGUCAAGUCCAGAUGGAAUAAUGAACCCAAACUUACUAGCAAGAGCAGUUCUUCCUUGUUCACCAAGCAUGGCAACCAUUUCAGCUUCUGCACCAUUUCCUACUGUGACAUUAGACCUCACUCACUCCCCUACUAACCCAUUACACUUCCAAAGACCUCCUGCACAAUUCCAGGUCCCAUUUCCUGGGCAACCCAACAAUUUUGUUAACCCACAGUUGUCUCAGGCAUUUGGUCAAACAGUUUACAACAACCAAUCCAAAUUCUCCGGACUCCAACUCUCUCAAGACCUGAGUACUUCCCAAUUAGCUCCAAUGCCACCAGCUAUGGCACCUCAAGCGCCGCCUUCACCGUUUGCUGACUCCAUGAGUAGUGCCGCCGCCGCCAUCACUGCUGAUCCUAAUUUCACAGCAGCACUAGCAGCUGCCAUUACCUCUAUUAUCAAUGGAGGUAAUGGUUCUAGCAACAAUGCAACCAAUGCUAACAUCUCCCCCAACACAAGCAACAACAACAAAAUCAGUAGUUUCCCUGGAAAUUAAUUGCCUUUUAUUAUGGGUUUCUUUUAAUUUCUUUGGAGGACCAGAAUGAGAAUUACAUGUUGAUAGGUUUAGAGAGAGCAAAAAAAGUUUCAUUCUUCCUUUUUAAUUUUGAAUAAUAUUUUAUCCUAGUAAAUGCUAAAUAGAGGUUUCUCAGUUGCGGGAUAAAGUGUAGGUUCUAUCUAACACCAUUCACGUGCGAACACCCCAUCACGUAUGGGGGCCAUGUUUACACCAUUUGAAUGGUAUCAGAUGGAUCUCUCACUUUAUUUUCCCUCACUGAAGAAUUUUCAUAAAACUAUUUACCUGUUCAUCAUGAUGAUCUUAA